CUAGGCUCUUUGGGCUGUUUCAGCAAUCAAUCUUGUUCACCUCGAGCAAAACUUCAACAAUGGAGAAACUCUUUCCACGCAUAUUCUCUCUUCUAUUAACCUUAUUUCUCUUCCCUCACCUCCUACACUCACAGGGUUACUCUUCUCGCCAACCUCCUCGUCCGCUGAUAUUCACUCCUCACAACCGAGCAGACUCCGAUCCCCAACAGGUGCACAUUUCAUUGGUGGGGAGAGAUCACAUAAGAGUUUCAUGGAUUACCGAGGCCAAACACACACAAUCAAUCGUUGAAUAUGGAAAUGCACCAGGAGCGUAUAACUCAUUGGCAACUGGUGAACACACAUCAUACAAGUACUUCUUUUACAGCUCUGGCGAGAUCCACCAUGUCAAGAUUGGACCAUUGGAGCCCAGCACCACCUAUUUCUAUAGGUGUGGAGGUUCUGGCCCAGAGUUUUCAUUCAGGACACCAACUCAGGAAUUUCCCAUUGAAUUUGCAGUAGUCGGAGACUUAGGACAAACUGAAUGGACCGCCUCAACACUAGCUCAUGUUGAAAGUAAGGACUACGACGUGUUUCUCUUACCAGGUGAUUUAUCAUACGCCGAUACCCAACAGCCUCUUUGGGACUCAUUCGGACGCUUAGUUGAGCCAUACGCUAGCCGCCGUCCAUGGAUGGUGACCGAAGGGAACCACGAGAUUGAAACCUUCCCAAUCCUCCACCCCCAUGGAUUCACCGCCUACAAUGCACGGUGGGUAAUGCCAUACGAAGAGAGUGGAUCAGACUCUAAUUUGUAUUACUCAUUUGAAGUUGCUGGGACUCACAUUAUAAUGCUAGGAUCAUAUGCGGAGUUUGAUAAGAAAUCGUCUCAGUACAAAUGGCUUGUAGCUGAUUUGGCUAAAAUUGAUAGGAACAAGACUCCUUGGGUUGUUGUGCUAUUGCAUGCACCGUGGUAUAAUACUAAUACGGCUCAUCAAGGUGAAGGGGAUAGCAUGAGAAUAGCUAUGGAAGAGUUGCUGUAUAACGCACGAGUGGAUGUUGUUUUUGCUGGCCAUGUUCAUGCAUAUGAACGAUUCACUAGAGUUUACAACAACAAGGAGAAUGAAUGUGGCCCAUUGUACGUGACAGUUGGCGAUGGAGGGAACCGAGAAGGACUUGCAUUAAUGUUUAAGAGCCCUCCAUCCCCUCUCUCAUUGUUUCGGGAGGCAAGCUUUGGCCAUGGAAGGUUGAGAAUACUAAACCAAACACAUGCACAUUGGUCAUGGCAUCGCAACAAUGACUCCAACUCAGUUGUGGCAUAACAAAUCUGGCUAAAAAGUUUAAGUUCCUUUAAAGCAUGCUGGAAUCUUAAUGAUGAACUAUAGGAUGACAUCGACAAAGACAAAUGUAGCUUGACUACUUCGUAUUAAUCAACAAAAUUCUAGCUAUGAUUUCAAUGGAAGGCUACAAAAUUGAGGUGUAAAACUUUCUUGUACGAUACUCAUUUCUUGUAUAUUGAAAGAUCACAGCGUCAAGAGCCUUGUAACUUAACCAAUUAAUACUUUUUGAUAUUUCUAGACAAGACAUUCAGGAUUUAAAUCUCCCUCACUCUUGUUGU